UGAUCAUGUAUUUGACAUGGGCCUCUUUUAACAAUAUACGGAUGCUUCUGAUGGCUUUUAUGCCUGUUGUGAUAUUUUAUCUGAUAUGGUUGGUUAAUACUUCUGAAGGAAUACGUAGUGAAGAAGGAACGCUAUUAGAUCUUGUUUGUUGGCCAGACGGUAAUGCUAUACCCGUAAUUAUAGCAUGUGGAUCUAUUAUUGCUGUCGUAAUAGAGCUUUACGGAUUGUACCAAUUGUUUAGAGCUGGAUUAUCCAAGAAGGAAUUCAACGUUACCAACGGCCUUUAUUAUUACAUAUGGGCACUGAUUGUAAUGAUAAUUAUAUUUCUCGCAAUUAUGUUUUAUUCAGGACUUCAGUCAACUAUUAUCAGAGCCAAAAUAAAAGGAGGUAUAACCAAGGCGAUGCUACGGUAUGCCAGUCACUUGCCGUCCAAGGUGGCUAUAGAUCGGUUACAGACAAGGUUUCACUGCUGCGGCCGUGUCAACUUCCAGGAGUGGUUUUAUAUACCCUGGUACACGACUGGAGAGAUUGUUGAUGCGAAUACUUUAUCGAGUCCCAAGUUUGUUGCUGAUAACGUGCCUUACAGUUGCUGUUCAAUGGAUGUUUUAUGGCCGUGCAUACAUCACAGGGUUACCCAAGUUGGGACUAUUUAUAAGUAUAAUCCUUCUAAACAACUAACAAUAUGGAAGGCAGGUUGUGAAGAAAAACUAAUAAGCGAAAUGAUGUCGGUAUCAUGGCGAUUCAAUGCCGUUAUGGCUUUAAUAAUAAUUGCUAUGAUACUUCAAGUUAUCGCAGUACGCUAUCUUCAUACUGCAUAUCGGAGUGGCUUGGACGUUGAUAACAAGAUAAUAUGCAAUGCCUAUUUACUGCGCUCUCAAACCGAUUCAGAGUCACAGCCAAAUAGCUUUAUAAAUAAAAAGAAAGUGUUCAGAAAGAAGAAGCUAAAACAAGCACGCACUCUGCAAUGGGUGACUGCUACAUAUGGACCACGGAGGAAGAAGUACAUGACCUCGUCCGCUUCGGAUAUCAACAGUUCCGAUGAGUUGUUGAAACCUAUAUAUGAAUGAAUAAAUUAUAUUUUACGUAAAUAAUUUAAUAAUACGUACAUACAUUCACAUUUGCCACGUCUCUCUCCUAUUAGGGUAGACAGACACAAUGGAAUGCCAAAUGCGUCGAUUCAAAGAAAACUCUUUUUCUUGUUCCAUAUACAUCAAUCUUUUCAUACACUAAUUAAUUUAAUAAUAAAUAUGUUUUAUUGUAAUAAGAUAAAAUAAUAUAAUAUGGGAUGCAAAAGUUAAUAUGUUGUAAAGAUAU